AUGGAAGUCAUUGAAGAAAACUCGCAAGAAGAUGAAAAUUUGGAAGAUCAAAGGGAAAUGAGACGUGUAAUUGACUCAGCAACUAAUCGAUAUGAACACCCACACGAACUUCUUCGUCGUGCAAAUACUAAUUGUGAAAGGGAAGAAGAGGAUCCAAGGCAAGAACAAAUGAUAUUACAUGGUAGAGAAAUGUUAAGAGACGAAUAUGAGCGCGAACGAGAGAUUGCACGUGCGAGAGAUAGACAGAUAAGAAGGGAAGAAUUAGAAGAAAGAGAAUUACAAAGCGGAUUGCGUCAUAUUGAUAAUCGAGUAAGGGGACGCGAGCGUCAUCGCAUAGAUGAUAUAGAUCAAGGUCGAGUUACACCACAAGAAAGAGAAAUAUCAAGACAUCGAUAUGAUCGCACGUGCAAUGAAGAAAGACAUGAUAGAGUACAAAUUGAAGCAAAUACUGAAAGACGUAGGCGAAGAAGAUAG